UAUUACUUUUCGUUCAACUGAACGUCUUGGUGCACACGAGUCGGAUUACGGUGACGUUUCUUGUGAUAACAGUGCAAGGGUGUAGAGUGAGUGUAAAACACGUUCGAAAGUUUACAAAAAAUCUAUAAACAACUUAGUGCUACUGACAUAGUUUGGCAGCAGUAUGACAGGAUUACUGAAAUUUUGUUCACUCGGAAUUCUAAUCAUACUAUUUCUAAAGGAAAUACAGUGUGAUGCACCGCCGCUUUCCGAUUCUGCUUCUUUACCUUUGGAACAUCGAGCCGUUUAUGGACCUCCUUUGUCGUCAUCCGGUGCAGGAUAUGUACCACCAGCCAUUUUGCAACAAGGAGGUGGAGGCGGUUCCUCGGAUGAUCCGUGGCCUCUGGCAACUCCAGACAUGCCACAAAUUAAACACUUGCAAGUUCAGUGCGAAAAGACGCAUAUGAGAGUUAACAUAGAAUUUGAUCGUCCGUUUUAUGGAAUGAUUUUCUCAAAAGGAUUCUACAGCGAUCCCCAUUGUGUUCAUCUUAAACCAGGGACUGGACAUUUAAGUGCAACGUUUGAAAUUUUUCUUAAUAGUUGUGGCAUGUCUUCGUCUGCUAAUCAUAACACAGCUGGCUAUGGUGGACCUACACCCAGCGGAAGUUACGUGGAAAAUACGAUUAUCAUCCAGUACGAUCCGUAUGUGCAAGAAGUCUGGGAUCAAGCUCGUAAAUUACGUUGCACGUGGUACGAUUUUUACGAAAAAGCUGUGACAUUCAGACCGUUCCAAGUAGAUAUGCUGCAUGCAGUUACGGCUAACUUCUUAGGAGAUAACUUACAAUGCUGGAUGCAAAUUCAAGUAGGCAAAGGUCCAUGGGCUUCUGAAGUUUCCGGUAUUGUAAAAAUUGGUCAGACCAUGACUAUGGUCUUAGCGAUCAAAGACGACGAAAACAAAUUUGACAUGCUGGUCCGAAACUGUGUCGCUCAUGACGGCAAACGUGCACCGAUUCAGUUGGUAGACCAAUACGGUUGUGUUGUAAGGCCGAAGAUCAUGAGUAAAUUCCAGAAAAUUAAGAACUUUGGUCCUUCAGCUUCUGUAGUAUCAUUUGCAUACUUCCAAGCUUUCAAAUUCCCAGAUUCGAUGAACGUACACUUCCAAUGUGUAAUUCAAGUUUGCAGAUAUAAUUGCCCUGAACCUAAAUGUGGAGGUCAUCACAGUGUCGGUUUAACCAGCGAAUACGGACUUCCACCUAUUGGAAAUUCUCUCGUAAAUGGAGAUUUUGGUGGCCAUAAUAAUCUUAACGAUGAAUACGGUACUCCAUCUCUAGCCGAAUAUGGAGUUCCUCCAGCCGCUUUUCCAGAUCCAAGACAUCCUUCUGGCCCUACUGGUGCUUAUUCAGAAAACAACCCUGACGUCGUACCGGCACCACAAGCUCAGAUAACAUCGUCGUCUACGUCUUCAAAUCCUCCACCCAAUUUGUCAUCUCCAGCACCACCUCAGAUUUCUCCACAAACAAGUAACGAUAUCCAUUUGCCACCUCCACCACCACCAGGACACCAUGGAACUUAUAACACUGUAAAGAGAAAGAGCAAUAUUCCCGAAGAGUUCGAAGGAAAUUUAGCCACACUGGGAGGUCGACCGCGUUCGGUGGAGAAUUUGCCUGCCGAAUUACAAGGUGCGAAAAGAAAAAGACGUAGUAGUGAUGACGUGAUGACAUUCGUCGUCACCCAUCAUGUUUACAAACGUGAAUCUCAAGAAAUGACCGAUGUUAAUACUAGUCGGACUAUUCAAGUAGUUGCACCAGGAGAUGUUAACUUCGCUUUAAAUCCAACUCAGACUAACGAGACUGUCGUCAUACAGUCAUCGUCAUUGUCGCCAACCGAUCAAGAAACAAUAUGUAUGUCAGUUCCAAGCUUUGUAGCUGGACUAGUUAUGCUCCUGUUGGUGCUUAUUGUAGCUAGUUUAGUAGCUGCGUUUUUGUUUGUUCGAGUGAGAGCUAUAGAUCGUAAAGGAAUCACAACAGUUUUUGCAGGAGGUCGGGGAGGAUAUGACAAUGCGGAGUUUGUAAAAGUGGCUAACUGACCAUUAUAGUUUGGAACAUUGUAUGUACAUUCUGAGUUUCCAAAGAUGUUCAGGUUAUAAUCAAGUGAUUGUGUGAGUGAAUAACAUAAUUUCAAUGUGAGCUCACUUCCUGCAACAUAUUUCCCUCGAUAUAUUUAAUACUUUUCUUUAGUAAUUUAUAUCGUCAUCCUUAAUAUGUUCCCGUCUCCCAGUAUUAAUUCGAACUUACAAUUGGUACCUGACACUACUGUUGGUAUAGCUUCAACAAGAUUUUGUAAUCGUCAGGUUGAUUUACUUUUGGUUGUUGAAACAUAAAUCAAAGUAAAAGUAAUUAUUUAUUACUGUAUACCCAUUACGUGUGGUAAGAAUGUAAGAUAUUUGUUUGAGAAACAUUAUUGGUUAUUUAUUAAUAUUGUAUGUUAUUUUGCUCUUAUUAAGGGCAAAUUUUACUGACCCAAUAUUUAUUGUCUCUUAUGUGCGCAGAAACUAGUCUUGUAAUUAAGGCCUCGUCCAUACAUGUAAAUAUAUUUGUAUGAAAAUACUCAAAAUAAAUUUAACAAAAGAUGAUUCAUCAUA